CGGAAGUGAUGUCACAGGCCCCAUGUGAGCCGAUUGCAACACAUGCAGCGCGGAGAGGGGGAGCGCGAGCAGCCGGUGUCCGACGUCAGCGCCGCCGCGAGCCGCGCGCCGGGGGGAGCCGCGCCUGAGGCCGCCGCAGCCGCCGCCGCAGCAGGAGGAGGAGGAGGAGGAGGAGGAGGAGGAGGAGGGAGAAGAUGGCGGACGAUCCCAGCGCUGCCGACCGCAACGUGGAGAUCUGGAAGAUCAAGAAGCUCAUCAAGAGCCUGGAGGCGGCCCGCGGCAAUGGUACCAGCAUGAUAUCCUUGAUCAUUCCCCCCAAAGACCAGAUUUCGCGAGUGGCAAAAAUGUUAGCGGAUGAGUUCGGCACCGCCUCCAACAUUAAGUCUCGAGUGAAUCGCCUUUCAGUACUGGGAGCCAUUACAUCUGUACAGCAAAGACUGAAACUCUAUAACAAAGUACCUCCAAAUGGUCUGGUUGUCUACUGUGGAACAAUUGUGACAGAAGAAGGAAAAGAGAAGAAAGUAAACAUUGACUUUGAACCUUUCAAACCAAUCAAUACGUCGUUGUAUUUGUGUGACAACAAAUUCCACACAGAGGCUCUCACAGCACUGCUUUCCGACGACAGCAAGUUUGGCUUUAUCGUAAUAGAUGGUAGCGGUGCACUCUUUGGAACCCUUCAAGGAAACACGAGAGAAGUCCUGCACAAAUUCACUGUGGAUCUUCCAAAGAAGCAUGGUAGAGGAGGUCAGUCUGCCUUGCGUUUCGCUCGUUUGAGAAUGGAGAAACGACACAACUACGUAAGGAAGGUAGCAGAGACGGCUGUGCAACUGUUCAUUUCCGGCGACAAGGUGAACGUGGCUGGUCUCGUUUUAGCUGGAUCAGCUGACUUCAAAACUGAAUUAAGUCAAUCUGACAUGUUUGAUCAGCGGUUGCAAUCCAAAGUGCUCAAACUAGUUGACAUUUCAUACGGAGGAGAAAAUGGAUUCAAUCAAGCAAUUGAGUUGUCAACUGAGGUCCUCUCCAAUGUGAAAUUCAUUCAAGAGAAGAAACUAAUAGGACGAUACUUCGAUGAAAUCAGUCAGGACACGGGGAAGUACUGUUUUGGCGUUGAAGAUACACUAAAAGCUUUGGAAAUGGGAGCAGUAGAGAUACUGAUAGUCUAUGAAAAUCUGGAUAUAAUGAGAUACGUUCUGCACUGCCAAGGCACAGAGGAGGAGAAGAUCCUGUAUUUGACACCAGAGCAAGAGAAGGAUAAAUCCCACUUCACAGACAAAGAGACUGGCCAGGAACACGAGCUGAUAGAAAGCAUGCCCCUUCUGGAGUGGUUUGCGAACAACUACAAGAAAUUUGGAGCAACGUUGGAAAUUGUUACAGACAAAUCACAGGAAGGAUCUCAAUUUGUGAAAGGAUUUGGAGGAAUUGGAGGUAUCUUGCGGUACCGAGUGGACUUCCAGGGAAUGGAAUACCAAGGAGGAGACGAUGAAUUUUUUGACCUCGAUGACUACUAGGUAGUCGACCUGGGUCCGGCAAAACGUGCCUCGCCCCUCCAGCAUCCAACCCAAGGAGCAAACUCAUGGUGGAAAACACAACAGAUCCCUGCCUUAGAAUUGGAACAUUUCCAGAACUUGAUCCACAAGCAUUGGAUUGAAAAAAGCAAAACCCUACACUUUGGUUUGUCAUAGUGUCAGUACAGCAGCAAACUACUAAGUUCCUGUAUGCCACUUUGGACUAAUUUAAAAAGAAUCCCAGUUUUUACUUUUACUCAAUGGUGAAAUUGGUUGCUCUUGUAUUUUAUGAAAAUGAUUUUUUUAACCUUCAUGAUACAUUAACUGCUGUAAACCUCUUCCUUCAAAAAUUAAUAGAAGUAAGAUCCUACUGGUUCGUUUCUUUAUACUUGAUUGGAGAAAUCAGUUGCUGCACUUUGCAGCACCGUGACCCAUUUACAUGGCAUUCUCAGCUUAGACUGCAGAAGAAGCAAUGGAAUGAGAUUGGAGCCAUUCAUUCUCUUGAAAGGAAUGAGAAGGCACUUACCUGGAGUGCUGGCUUAUAACGUGUGGCUUGCAAAUUGAGAGGGUUUGGGGAGGCUUACCAGCCAAACGUGCUUUAAUCUAUUUGCAGAAGCACCGCUCGUGCAAACUAGGAAAUGCACUUCAUUGAUUGCAAUGGAAAUGCUGCUGAACUGGGCUUAAUUUGGAUUGGAGCAGUGCAGCCUUCAGGAUAUUUUUUUUUCCAGUCUUGACGAAAAUAAACAUGAUUUAAGUGAAGUAAGGUACACUUUGCUUGGUUUUGUUCCUCAGUAAGCUUUUCUUUUUUUUGCUUUAGGACUGCAUGAGGUUUCCUUGAUUGUGUGAAUUUCAACCCACAGUUCUUUAAUGGAAGCGGGCGUUUUACAGGGAUAAUUAGUCAGUGGAGCCUUUGACUGAAACCUUAGUGCUGGUGCAUUUGGAGUAGUUGAUUCGAAGCUGUUGAACGUUCGCACGGCCCUGGUUCGCCCGUGUCCCAGCACUAGGCCAGUCUCUCCUGGAAACCUGAUGCUGAGCUCCAACGCGCCCUUCACGGGUUAACGCCUCAGCGUUCCAGACGAGCUUUUUGUCCCGCCUGCUAUAUAGAAUGCACUUCAGCCGGCUAGGAGCGAAGGGCUUUGGGUGUCGCGCAGGCGGAGGGCGCAGUGACGGCUGGCACGCGGUAACGCACCGGUCUCGCUGGUUUUGGGGCUCUGGGCGCUGCCGCGGUCGCGCCGGUGCCUCCCGCAGCGUCUGUUCCACGCUGCCCGCCUGCCUGUUGUCCCCGUAAUCCCGUCUCAUUGAACAGGGCGGGGAGAGCUUGUCUUCAACCUUCUGCCACCUUGUGGGUUUUUUUCCGAGGUCCAAAAUUCCUUGUGAGCAAUAGAAUCCUGGCGGAGCACCCGGCGAUGCCUUUGGGAUCUCACGGGAGGGGUCGCUGGGUCCGCCGCACAGUUGCGCGAACCCGCGGGGAGCACAUUAGCGGUAUGUUCUGGAUUUUGCCAUUGUAAAUGGGUCUGACGUGACAUGAUAAGACCAGAAAAAUUGGAUGUAAAUUUACUUUUUUUUUUUUUUUUUUUUUGAAUAUACUGCUUGUCGUUUCACAUACAUUAGGGUAUGCAGCUCCUUUUUGUAGUUUUUAUUUUUACUAUUUAAGUUUGGAAAUGAUGCCAAAUUUUUGUAUUUCUUUAAUCAAUGUGUUCUCUUCAGUGAUAUAUAUUGCAUUAUAUAUUGAUGUGUAUAUCAAUAUAUACUGAUAUGUAUUACACUUACACAUACAAACACAUUAAACGGGGGUGAAAAUUCCUAGCCUUCGCAUACUAUAUAGCCUCUGCAGAGAGAUCCCAAGCAGUGAUAUCUUGGUGUUGUGAUGUACAGAAAUGGAGAAGAGUAUUAAACCAUAUUUAAGAAUAUA